UUUAUUGGUAAUAGUGAGGUUUGAAGAUGGGGGAGCUGAAACUACAGGUCCCGACAUACAUGUUCCAAUGACUGGGUGAGUUGUGAGGGGCCAUGCUUCCCGCCCCGGCCAUUGUUGCUGGAUAGCGGAGAACAGGAGGGAAUGAGCGAGAACGGGGACUGUGAAAACCAGACGUCCUCAGGAUUCCCCAGUAUUGAGCAGAUGCUGGCAUCGAGUCCUGGGAAGACCCCAAUCAGCUUACUUCAGGAGUAUGGGACUCGGGUAGGGAAGACUCCUGUGUAUGACCUGCUUAAAGCCGAGGGACAAGCCCAUCAACCCAACUUCACUUUUCGCGUAUCUGUUGGAGACAUCAACUGCACCGGUCAGUGCUCUGCGCCACCCAGUACUAGAGGUCAAGGACCUAGCAAAAAGGCUGCAAAGCACAAGGCAGCCGAGGUGGCGCUCUCACUGCUGAAAGGAGGGGACAUGUUUGGAAUGAUGUGCGAGGAAAACAGUGUGAUGCUGUCUGUAGAACAACCUGUAGAGCUGAGAGAAGUUGCAGAUGUGUCUCCCCCUCCAACCAACAGAAAUCACACCAUAGAAAUGAAACCCCCACUAUCAGCACAACAGUCUGAAUGUAACCCUGUGGGGGCGUUACAGGAGCUAGUUGUGCAAAAGGGCUGGAGACUUCCAGAAUACACAGUAACCCAAGAGUCUGGUCCAGCACACAGGAAGGAAUUCACAAUGACAUGCCGAGUGGAAAGGUUCUUGGAGAUCGGCAGCGGUACAUCCAAGAAGUUGGCAAAGCGCAACGCAGCUGCAAAGAUGCUUCUGCAGAUUCACCGGGUACCUGCAGAGCAUCGUGAGUCUGGGGAGACGGAACCUGAAGAGGAUCAGUUUUCUAUGGGGAAGCUGGAUGGAAGUCGGGGCCGAGGCACAGCCUGCACUUGGGACUCCCUGCGAAACUCGUCUGGAGAGAAGAUCCUCCAUCUAAGGAGUAACCCCCUGACCAUCCUGAGCUCCGGCUUCUGUAGCCUGCUGCAGGAUCUGUCUGAGGAGCAGAGCUUUCAGAUUAGCUACCUUGAUAUUGAUGAGCCCAGUUUGAGUGGACUCUAUCAGUGUCUGGUUGAACUCUCUACACAGCCUACUACUGUUUGUCAUGGCUCGGCCACCACCCGAGAUGCAGCUCGUGCAAAUGCUGCCCACAAUGCUCUGCAGUACCUCAAAAUCAUGGCAGGGGGCAAGUGAGUUUGGUGGGGGGGCAAAGGUGCCACUGCCCCCCCAGCUGAUUUCUUAUUAACACCUCACACAACCAGUUUACCUUAUUUCAGUCAUGGAAGGGAAGGACUUGACUGCAUGAGCCAAUCUGUCUGACCUGUCUUAUUAUUGCACUUUGCCGAAUGAUCUGUGGAUAAAAGAAGUGCAAAUAUCUAUUCUGCAAGGCCAGCGUAAGCAGAUUACCUAGUGCCAUAUAUAUAUAUCUGUGGCGCAGGUCCUGGCACAACGAUACAUGCUGAGAUUUCCCAAGGGAAGUGAAAUGCUGACUGAAGAUAAAAUGGCAGUUGGUCAGAGUACAAGAGUAUAGUGAAUGCAGCAUUUAUUUAGGACAAUGGAAAAUGUUACUUUUCAACAAACAUAGACACUUACCUCUAAGCACUGGCUGCCUGAGCCACAUCUCCUCACAUCCCGGCACUUUUCACUGCCAUAUGCUGAAACCUAUAUGUCUGCCUCAUUGUUUUAGUGGCAAUAUUAUGUUAACUUGAGCAAGUCUUAAUAAAUAGACAUUAAGUUACCAGGGUUUAGGCCUCGUUGCCCAUCCCAUUUAAUUUAAUUGAAUCUUUUCCUUUUUGUGGAAGAGAGGAACCAUUAUCGAGUGCAGCCCAAAUUCCCCUGGAAAAGGUUGUCUUUAUUUCAGUGUUGGUUCUUUAGGAAGGGGCAACUGCAUUGAGAGAUCCCUGGGGUUUCUUGGCAGUUGCCUGAUAUGAUGCUUUAUUCUGCUGGGAGUGUCUCUGUUGCUCCAAUUAUUCUUUGGAAGCAGAGGCCAUCUUUGUACAUACUCCCCUAUAUUACUAUUUAGAUCUUCCAGAACUUUCUAGUGGCGAGACCUUGUGUCCUCUACUAGACAAACAAGCAAAACUGAAUUAAACUCAAGUGAGAAAUCUUGACUAUUAGAUCCGCAAGCAGAUUGGGGCAGAUUUUCACUAAAGGGGCAACAUCAAUUUUCUGCACAUUAUUUGAUCAUGUAAUAAAUUCCUCUGCUGAUUCCUGUGCCUGAUUUGUGGAAUGUGUAUGCCUUUAUUAAUAAUUGUCGCUGCCAUUUGUAGGCAGGGUUGGUUUCCAGCUGAACUUUCUAUGUGGGUGCUGUGUAAAUAAAUUGUGUAACAAUCAAUUGAUAUAUUCAGUGUAUGCAUUAGGGAUCUUUAUCCUGAUCCCCUCUGGCAGUAGCUGAACUGUCACUCUGUAGUUAAACAACUAGAGGGCAGCAGGUUGGACAUUGUCCUUUCUACAGACCCUCAGAUCUUGUACCAUCUGUCCUGCAUUAGGAGGCAUUUUGUUUGGCAGAUAAGAAUUGGUCCAAGUGGGGCAACUUUGUGCCCCAUGCUAAGCCUGCCUCAUUGCUUGCUCCUGGCCCAUUAAUGUGUUUGUGUGCAGUCACCACUCACCUGUUUGUGCUAAUACCAGCAAGCGACUAAUGCAGCAUUAAGCGUUCUGCCCAUCUGUUACAGCUCCAGGCGUUGUGUUUAAACAAACGUAACAAUGGCCAAUUACUGUAAUUAAGUGAAAAAAAACAACCUUUUGGGUUAGGGUGGGUGAGACAGUUACAGCUUCUGUUAUGUAAUAUUGUAUCUAUGUGAUAUGAGGAGCAAUACGGUGAUGGAAACCCAAAAGCAUGUUUAAUGGACACUCUACAUUUUGUUGUGUGGUGUCCAACUGUUACUGUUAAAAGAACCAGUAAUAAAUUAAAGUUUGACUUUUCAUA